GAUCGGAUGAGGUGGCUGGAUGCCUGGUUGCUUUGGCUGAUGCGAUGCAGGAGAUGGCGCGCCACUUCGUAAGCGAGCCGCCCUGUUGGUUCCGCUCGCUCCUCCGCGCGGACAAACAUGAGGCGGUCGUGAAGCUGGACGCAGGCAAGUUAUCCCGCUUGGGGGCCUCAGUGGAGGCCCAGGUACGCGUAGUGAAACGCAUCAUGGACUUUCAGCAGCGGCCCGACACCCCGGAGGCAAGCAUCUUCCGAACCGAGGUGUGGACAAGUAAGGAUUUGCUGUCUGAUGGGUUGCUCGCGGUUGGCGACUUGACCAAGUUUGCAAACACGGAAGACGGCGAAGGCAUUGAGGGAUUGGCUGCCGUGAUUGAACAGCUCAAAAAGAGCGCGAGCUUGUCCAUUGCUGACGCGCAAAAUACCUUGACGGAGCUCAAGGCCAAGGUGUCCGGCGUCUUUGCGGAUGCUGCAGAAGCGCAGCGCCUCAUGUCUUUGGAACAGGUGGAGCUCAGCCCGCCGGAAGCGUUGCCGCAAGGCAUCAAGGAUAUCGUGGCUAAGUACGAUAAGGACACGGGGGCCAUGAAUACGGCUGUGGACG